CGCAAAGUCUGAUCGAACUCUGUCACGCAUCUUCCACUCCCCUGUUCUGCGUUUGCCUACGGGAUUCCAUCACUAUGUCUCCGUCGAUAUUGCAUAGUUGUCCCUCCUGUGGACAUGUUACCGAUAUCUCUGAGAUACUGACUGACUUUGUGGGAGACCCUCACUGCACCCAGUGCGGUUUAUCAGCGUCCGAGGGUAAAUUAAGAGCACAGGAUGAUCUUGUGUCGCUGUUUAACACACACAUGAGCAUCGGUCAAUCCCGGGUCUCUGAAGGACCGGAAGUGCCUGCGACACCUUCUCCAAUCACAUAUAGUAUCACACAGCAUUAUCAUCAUUCAGCGCAUGUAGCACAGAGAGCCGCUAUGCCGGGGUUAGCUGUCCCGCAGAAUGUUGCUCCACCGGUGACCAGUGAAACUGCGAAUGGAGUACUCGAGAUGCUCAUGCACCACCGUAUCAAUCCAUCCACACUGUCAACGAGUCAAUUAGAGCUAUUUGCGAACGCCAUGCCAGAUCAGCAGAAUCGCUUGAUUCAGAUGUGGCAGAUAUGCCCAGAGCCUGGGAAAUUGGGCCAGAGCCAGGCGGUUCUUACCAUGGAUUUAGAAAUGGGCGAUUCGGCUCAAGCACCAAAUAAUGGCGAUAUUACAGACCAUUCUGCCGAACCAUAUAUGCUUGCUGGGUAUGGUCUGGUCGCUCACCAGAGGGAGGCCGGUCAGGCUAAUCACCCAUCAAAUGAGCUCACCCUUUGUUCUCCAUACAGGCUUUUCAGCGACCCUGUCUAUCAAGCAGGAGGCCAGCGCUGGUGGGAACGAACACAAGCUACGACGAUGGAAAACUAGCAUUCCAGGCACAAUGUAACUGUGUGACUAAGGAGCUUUGGUAUAUUUGCGGCUUAAUUGGCUUCUACGGUUUUAUGUGGAGGGAAAUGUCCCAGGACAUCUUCAUGAUAUACGCAAGACAGCCAAGGACAUUUCGUUACUAUCAG